AAGUUUGGGAAAACAGCCAUAAAAGCUGUCGUUGAGCCAGAAAGCUUCAACCAAGGCUCAUAAAAUAGCUACAUGUACAACGACAGUUUGUUGGCUAUCUCGCAUAUUUCUGCUGAUUCAAAAUGGAUGCGGAAACAGAGUGUUGCAAAUGUCACCUUUUGGAUUUGCCCUGGGAGGAUGUGUUGGUAACACACAUCUUCUGUUACCUGCCAUUACGCCAGCUGGUGCGGCUACAGAGAGUGAGCAAGCAGUUCUAUGCCCUCAUCCAGGUGUACCUGGCCAACUGUCGCACCUUUGACCUCACACAGAUAGGGCAUAGCCUUCCCAAGGAGGCAUUCUGCAACAUACUAAGCGACAACAAAGUCCUACAGAACCUGUCCGUCCAGAACUGCUCCGAUUGGGUGACAGACACGGAGCUGCUGCCUGUGAUUGGCCAGAACCAGCACCUGCUGAGAGUAGACAUGAGGGGGUGUGACCGGCUGACCCGUCACUCCUUAGUAGCCGUGUCGUUGAGCUGCACACACCUGCAGCACCUGGGCCUGGCCCACUGUGAAUGGGUGGACAGCCUGUCCAUACGCAGCCUGGCUGACCACUGUGGGGGCCUGAGGUCCAUCGACCUGACCGCCUGCCGCCAGCUCAAAGACGAGGCCAUCUGCUAUUUAUCCAAGAAGUGUCUGAAGAUGAGGUCGCUGUCUGUGGCGGUCAACGCCAACAUUACAGACGUGUCUGUGGAGGAAGUGGCCAAGAACUGCAGGGAGCUGGAACAGCUGGACCUGACAGGCUGCCUGAGGGUUAGGAACGACUCCAUCAGGACUGUUGCAGAGUAUUGCCCCAAGCUGCAGUCUCUGAAGGUGAACCACUGUCACAACGUGACUGAGUCCAGCCUGGACCCCCUGCGGAAGAGGAACGUUGAGAUUGACGUGGCGCCACCACUACAGAGGGCCCUUGUGCUGCUGCAGGAUGUGGUGGGGUUCGCUCCCUUCAUCAACCUCCAGAUCUAGGCUAAAGUACAUCUGUAUUACUCAUCCAACCAAUUGGAAACAGGUUUUCCUCCACGAGGAGAAUGACCUGUUUCAAUUGAAACACACCCUGUGUGCUGGGACGUCACUUAAGCAAUUCAAGGACAAACAAAAACGGAUGUAUAUGGGAAAUAUAUUGUAGAACUUGUCUCUUAUUUAUUACAGUGAUGUUGCAGAUUAUAAUUAUGCACUUAGGAAAAGACUGAAGGAAGCCAUGCACUUUUCAGUAACGCCGUCAUGAGUCCAAAAGAUUCCUGCAGUAUUUAUUUGUAUUUCAUCACACCCUAACAACACUUUAGAUGUUCUUGUGAUCUAUAGCUUUAGAAAAGGACCAUUCCAACCAAAGGAGAAGACGUAACUAUAAGAGCAUAUUGUUGAGUUUUUGUGUGUUUAUUGACAUGUUACUCUGCUAAAUGUAUGAUACAUACACCUCUAAAUGUUCCAUUCAGAUUAGCUAGGUGAACUUUUUAUAUUAGGUAAAUAAACGUUUUAUAUUGUG